AUGAGUGUUCUAGCCAUCCUCGGAUGUGUCGUUGGAUGCGAGUCUCGUCAUGUUGGCCUGCGUGGCGUGUUGGCUUCAUCCCUGCUGGUGAACAUUGACUAUGGAGACUAUACGCUGCAGUUGAAUCACGCGAAUCUGGCUGGGUUCGCCUGCGCCGUGUUGGCUUCAUCCCUGCCGUUGAACAUUGACUAUGGAGACUAUACGCUGCAGUUGAAUCACGCGAGUCUGGCCGCGUUGGAUUUAUCCCUGCCGUUGAACAUUAAUUAUGGAUACUACACGCUGCAGUUGAAUCACACGAAUCUGGCUGGGUUCGCCUGCGCCUUGAAUCACGCGAGUCUGGCCGCGUUGGCUUCAUCCCUGCUGGUGAACAUUGACUAUAGAUACUACACGCUGCAGUUGAAUCACACGAGUCUGGUCGUGUUGGAUUUAUCCCUGCCGUUGAACAUUAAUUAUGGAUACUACACGCUGCAGUUGAAUCACGCGAAUCUGGCUGGGUUCGCCUGCGCCGUGUUGGCUUCAUCCCUGCUGGUGAACAUUGACUAUAGAUACUACACGCUGCAGUUGAAUCACACGAGUCUGGUCGUGUUGGAUUUAUCCCUGCUGGUGAACACUGACUAUGGAUGCUACGACACUGCAGUUGAAUCACACGAGACUGGCCAUGUUGACCUGCGUGGCGUGUUGGAAACAUCCCUGCUGGUGAACACUGACUAUGGAUGCUACGACACUGCAGUUGAAUCACAGGAGACUGGCCAUGUUGACCUGCGUGGCGUGUUGGAAAUAUCCCUGCUGGUGAACACUGCUAUCAGUGCUGUAAUGCUGCAGUUGGAUCACACGAGACUGGCUGGGUUUGCCUGCGCCGUGUUGGAUUUAUCCCUGCCGUUGAACACUGACUAUGGAUACUACGACGCUGCGGUUGGACCACCUUUGUCUGGCCGGUUCAGCUGCAUGGCGUGUUGGAUUUACUGA